CUGGCUUAAGCCCCUAUUGUGUCCUCCAAUAAGUAUCAAAAGCACGCCGGCCUACCCUCGCUUCCUCCCCGCCACAGCUACAGUAUGUUAUCUGAUCGUGCCACAUGCAACCAGGUCCGAGACCUACCCAGGAGUUCGUAUCUCGUAUCCCGUUCUUCGAGUCUCCGGACAUCCUCGCGUCCGGCCACUAUCAUGUCCUCUCCGGAAUCGCGACGCAGCCACUCCCUAUCCCCCAGGCUCACGAUCCCCAGGAAACGCAGCCGCAUCGCGGUACAUCCUGCCUCGCGCGCCUGAGGAUGUACAAGCAUCUGCGCUGGCUCAACUUGCCGCUGGUCUACUCCCUCGAUAGCAGGCCCAGCAACCCCGCGAGCCUCUGGACGGAUUGGAUGACAGCGACCCUCGAGUCAGAGACGUGGUCCCUCACAGUGAGCGGCACGAUCGUGAAGUCGUGCAUCGUCCGUGCAGAACGGCGGGGGGACGGACGGGUGAUUAGGCUCAGGGUGAUCCCGUUCUUUGGCGAGAUGUACGUGCCUGACCUGCGGACGCUGCGGGGGUCGAUACUGCCCGGGGUGCCGUAUACUCCGUCGGAGUACUACCAGCGGGGCUUGGAUUCGAAUACCGUCUGGGUGGGCAUCCUCACCUCCGUCGUGUCCAAACACACAGACGACAGGACGUCGUCGUACAUCUGGUAUCGAGUCGCGUUGGAGCUGAAUGACCGUGUGAGGAAGAAGAGGUCGCUCGCGGCGGUACACCGCGGCCCGUACGACGUCCCUGAACACCGAUGUUACCUGCGCAUCACCGUCGACGACGACGUCCGCCUGUUGCCGGGAUAUGGCAGCAUGGCCGUACGACCCACACGGGAUGUACCGACUGUGUGCUGCGAGCUGCCUGUGCGGGGCGUCCACCGGGCUACGGCGGCCGCUAUCGAGUGGGUCCAUUACAGGUGGUGAUGUAUAGGAUAUAUUUUGUAUGCACAGUAUUACCCUUCAUGCAAUACAUGCACA